AUGGGUACUUUGCAAUUUUCAGGUCGUCUGUAUUGUAACACCCAAGCAGCUCAGAAAGAGGCAUUGGAAGCCAAACAUCAAGAGAUAAGAAAAAGGGCAGCUGUUGUAAUGGAAGAAGAGGAUAAUUACGACUAUGAUGAUGACCCAGUUAUGCCACUAAACCCUCCUAGAAAAAGACAAGCCAUGGACUCAGACCAUGAUUCCGAUGAGGAUGAUUUUCAAGGGAUCCUAACUCAGAAAGCACCUACAGGGGAUAAUGAUGAGUAUUACGAGGAUGAGGAAGCCAGAGCAAAAAAUUCUGAUAACAAGGGAAAAGAUGGACCAAUUCUGGAUGAGCAACCCAAUUUCAGACCCAUUAAAAUCUUCCACGCCUUCAUCCAGGAUGUCUUCAACUUCUACUUCUAUCUUGACACCUACAGCUGUCUCUUUACUGUCAAAAUUUGGGAAAAGACGUAG